AUGCGCACACUCGCGGACGCAGGCGAACGGCUCCGGCAGGAGACGUGGCGCAUGACGGCGAUGGCGGCUCUCCUCAGGAGGAUCUUGGGCGUUGAGAGGUUGAGCUAUGCGCUGCACCAAGGACAGAGCCCACCGACUGCUUGUCAUGGGCCACCGCCACCACGCCUUCGACGGGAUUGGACCUCCACCACUCCAGCAAGCAGGAGCAUCGUGGUGGUUGCGGUUUGUACUGUUAAUUAA